AUUGUAUUACAUUAUUUAAUGGUAAAAACUAUUUUAUUCUUUAAUUUUAAGAAUAAUCAAAAUGGAAGAUAAAUAAAUGAAGAUAGUAUAGUAAAUUACUUUGUUUACCAUUUGUUUGCAAUUUUUUAUAUCUUCGUAUUUAUGAUCUAUUUUUAUUUAUAUACUUUUUAGUAAAAAUAUAAUAUGUUAAAAAUAUUAGUUUGCGCUUUACUAUGAAUUUACAAAAUUAUUUUUUUUUGUGAUAAAAAUGUAUUCAUAAAAUUUAUAUAAGUUGUUUUACAGUCAGUAUAAUUACAAAAGUUAUCAAAAUAUAUUUACAAAGUCCAAGUUCAUAUGAACAAAUUUACUUUGUACUUAUGCUGCAUAUUCAUAAUGUACAAUUAAUUGCAUAUUUAUAGUAUGCAACUCAUUACAUAUUCAUAGCACAACUGAUUGCAUAAAAAUAAUCACCUUGUACAAAUUUUGUCUUGAAAUUCUUAAAUCAAUAAUUAUUUAAAUAUUUGGUAAUAAAAUACCAUAAAUAAAGGAUUCAUUUGAAGAUUUUAAAUAAACUUGUGUAUCGUUGUAUGAUCUUGCAUUUUUUCUAAUGCAUUCAGAUUAUCCCACCAUAACAAUAAUUUAUUUUUAAGAAUUAAUUUAAACCAAGGACUCAAUGGGGAAUCAAUACUUUUCACAAAAUCGUUGAUUUCUGAUUUUGAUACCCAACGAAUUUCACUGAUUUCAUCUGGAUUUGGAUCCACUGUAAUGUUAUUCUUCUGUAUAAAUAACACGUAAUCUAUUUCAUGUUCGCCCCAUGUACCAUUCGCCGCAUGAUAAUGAAUUCUUGUUAGAUACAAAAAAUCCGAUAAUAAUAAUUCAGACAAAGGAAUUCCUAACUCAUAAUUCAAUCUUCUUCUUGCUGCCCUACGAAUUCCUAUUGCUUCAUGUUCUUCAGUUUCUUCGGGAAUUUCAAAUAAUGGAUGACUGCAGCAUGUAUUUGUAUAAUGAUUUGGAAAUGUUACCUUAUUGGCAGAUCUUUUUUGAAGUAAUAGUUCAUUUUUGUUGUUGAAUAAAAAGACACUGAAUGCUCUGUGAAGUAAAACUUGCCCAUCAGAACUCACAAUAUGACAAUCUCUUUUUGUAGCAUCGCCAAGAGGCUUGUCUAGUUCAUCAACGAGAAUGCAACGUUCCUCCAAAGCAGCUUCCUGCAAAGGUAAUGCUCGGUUUGCUGCAAAGUUCCUCAUUGGUGAUGUCAAGUUUCUUGUGGCAGCACAAAUUGUUCUGAUCACUUUAGCCAUCACAACAGCUAGUCGUUUCUUUCAAACGAUAUCGAAGCGUUUAAAACGCAACACUUUCUGUAAGUGCUUUUAUAAUAUGUAAUGUAUAGGUUAACUAAAUCAAUGACCUUUUUUCAACUCAUGCACAUCACUUAAAUCUGUCGUUGUUGAAUGCAAUAUAACGAGGUUGCAAAAUCAGUCGAAACUUAAACUGAACGUCUGAUUUUUAAUAACAAUAUUGAUAUGAAACGUCCAAUCAGACAUAUAGCAAAUGUACUACUCGACGAAACUUCCUUUCGAGGAAAUGCGGCCACAUAUUUUCAAUAUAUAUUUUAUUUAACUGACAUGUCUUGACGUCACAGUAUUAUCUUUUGAAUAUGUUAUGUACGUUUUUCUUUUUUUGCAUACCAUGAAUGCUGUCAAUCACAAAUCAUUCAACUCUCUUAUGCUUUAAAAGUUAGGUUACACUUUGAAAUGCAGAGAGCGUAAUAGCAGAGUUUCGAAUGGAUCAUACUAAUGACAAAAUUUACCGCUACGAGAGAAAAAGAAAGAAAUUUCUACGAAAGACAAUAUUACGAUAUAAGCUAAUUAAACUAGGCAUUUGUUGAUAAAAACGUAUUGAUGACAAUUUCAAAUAUUGUAAUUUCAUUUUUGAAUUAUUACAAUUGUUUUACCCUGAUGAAUAAAAAAUACAGAAUACAAAAAAAUUGCAAAAAAUCAUAUAAAAUUAAAAAUGAAAACUCGUAUUUUAUAUUUAUAAUGUAUAUACUGAUAUAGUUACAUAUCAUUUAAAUCGCAAUGAUCGAUAGUUCUCGUUGCUUCUCGACUUCGAUCGAUCGAAUCACUUCAUGGGGUAGUUGAGAGUAGGUUUCACGAUUUCAGUGUGUCUGCAAUAAAGCCUAUUAUAUAAAAAAAAAAUUAUUGUUUCUUUAAUGUGUUAUUUAUUGUCUACGUUCCGAUAUAAUUUAAGUCGUUUUAUAUCGUCGCAUUAGUUUACCAAUAUUGACCGCGAAAUGAGUGAGAACGCCGAAAUUACGGGAGUAAUAUCGCCAGAGGAUGCGGCCAGAGCGGAAAAAUUUAAAGAAGAAGCAAACGAAUAUUUUAAAAACCAAGACUAUACCAAAGCGAUAGAAUUAUAUUCUAAAGCAAUAGAAUUAAAUCCGACAGUGGCAGUUUAUCAUGGGAAUAGAAGUUUUGCUUAUCUAAAAACAGAAUGUUUUGGAUACGCGCUUACGGAUGCAUCAAAAGCUAUUGAACUAGACAAAAAUUAUGUGAAAGGAUAUUAUCGUAGAGCUGCGGCUCAUAUGUCCCUUGGCAAGUUCAAAUUAGCUCUUAAGGAUUAUAAAACUGUUACUAAAGCAAGACCAAACGAUAAAGAUGCAAAGGUUAAAUAUACAGAAUGUUCUAAAACAUUAAAAAUGUUAGCCUUUGAAGAAGCAAUCUCUGUGGAGGAAAAUAAAAAGAAUAUAGCUGAUAUGAUUAAUUUAGAAGCAAUGGCUAUUGAAGAUGAAUAUACAGGGCCUAAACUCGAAGAUGAGAAAGUGACAUUACAAUUUAUGCAAGAUCUAUUAGAAUGGUAUAAGAAACAAAAUAAAUUACACCGUAAAUACGCUUAUAAGAUCCUUUUAGAUGUAAAAGCAUGGUUUAUGGCACAGCCAAGCUUAAUUGAUAUUACAAUUCCUGAAGAUAGUAAAUUUACUAUCUGUGGAGACAUACAUGGACAGUACUAUGAUUUACUUAAUAUAUUUGAAUUAAAUGGAUUACCAUCAGAAACUAAUCCAUAUUUAUUCAAUGGAGAUUUUGUAGAUAGAGGUUCCUUCUCAGUAGAAUGUAUAUUCACCCUAUUUGGAUUUAAAUUGUUAUAUCCAAAUCACUUUUUUAUGUCUAGAGGUAAUCAUGAAUCUGCCACAAUGAAUCAAAUGUAUGGGUUUGAUGGUGAGGUGAAAGCAAAAUAUUCUGCCCAAAUGGCUGAAUUAUUUACUGAAGUUUAUAAUUGGCUCCCUCUUGCACAUUGUCUUAACAAUAGAAUACUUGUAAUGCACGGUGGCCUGUUUUCAAGAGAUGAUGUUACGUUAAAAGAAAUUAGAGAAAUUGAUAGAAAUAGACAACCACCAGAAGAAGGAUUAAUGUGUGAAUUAUUAUGGUCAGAUCCACAACCACAACCUGGGAGAGCACCCAGUAAAAGAGGAGUUGGUGUGCAAUUUGGUCCCGAUGUUACACAAAAUUUCCUUGCUCUGAACAAUCUUGAUUAUAUUGUAAGAAGUCAUGAGGUAAAAAACGAUGGUUAUGAAGUUGGUCACUUUGGAAAAUGUAUUACUGUGUUCUCUGCCCCAAAUUAUUGCCUCAUCCAAAUGUAAGGCCAAUGGCAUAUGCUAAUUCUCUACUAAAAUUCAUGUGCUAGUGGAACAUCUUAGGUACUGUUGAUAAAUAAAUGAAUAAUAAUAACUAAAUACGAGUAGCCCAAUCAAAGUGUGCGUAAUAUAUUUGAUACCGAAAUGGAGAAGAUAAGAAACGCUUAGGCUUCUCCAAAACAAUAAAGUACUGUAUUCUUUCUAGGAACAUGAAAAUCUUCUGUAUCAUAAUAAAUGCAAUGAAGAUAUAACAUUGAUGGGUACAAAAAUGAAAAAAAAAGUUUGCUUGUUUUGACAACUUGCGAACAGGUUAUUAAAUUUUCUUGUCUAUGAUAAGAACAAUGCCUCAUUAGCAAUUUGUGUUUUAUUAUACUGAAAUGAUGCAAAAAAAAAACAUUUCUAUUUUGUACCCUCAAUUAAACCACCUUGUUCAUUAAAGAUAUUAAUGUUCACGCACAAGCUGAAUAAAUGAUCUCAAAGAUCUCAUAACAGAGAUCUCAUAACAGAUUAACUUAUAUUCUAAUAUUUGCAGAAGGUGCUGAACAUGUAAUGAACACACCUAUUAUUCUUUUAAUUUGUUCUUUAAUGAAUAAUGGUGGUUUCUGCGAAAUAAUAAUUAUUAUGAAAAUAUCUAAUACAUAUGCGAUUUAGCAUGAAUAUGUAGUACAAUUUUCCAGCCAGUCACUAUUUGUCACGUUAUUUGUGAUGACUACUUUUUUAUAAAUUUAACGUGAUUGGAAGGAUUUCUUUAAUCUAACAUUUUGUUUUUUUGUUAAUAAUAAACGAUGUUUAUAAUGUAUUUAAAAUCGAUAUUGUUUUUCUUCAAAAAGAAAAGAAAAGAGGAAAGAUUAUACCUUAUAAAAUUAAUGAAAAAAUUUCUUCUGGUAAAUUAUUUCGAUUCUGGUGAUUCACAGUUAUAAUCUUACAUUUUUCGUUUGUACGAAAUUUUUGGAACAGCGAUGAAUGUUGUGGUAUUUUAUGCAUUUGAGGUAUCGUUGCGAUUAUGAAAAGUCUGUUUGAAGUUUCAAAAAAUGAUUUUACUACCUCAUUGCGAAAUUUUUGACUAAAUAAUUCCAUUUUUCCAAUUUCAUCUAUAAUUAAUAUGUCCUAAAACUGAUACUAACUCAACUCGUGCUAAUGUUGAUUUUUUAUCAUUUUUUACCAAAACAACAUCAAAUCCAAUCCUGUUACCAUUUGGACCUCGAACUUCUUUAGUAUAAAAUCCAUCGAACUUAUAAUUCUGCUGCUUCAUCAUUGCAACUAGUUUUUCACAUAUCGUAGUUUUUCCUAUACCAGGGGGUCCAGUUAGAAGUACGCGUGAGACACGCAAUGCGGCGCCCGUAUCCAUGCUCCUUGUUUUUCUAAGUUUGAGGUAUCAAUUGCGGGUGACACUUGCACGUAGAAAAAAGGUAAUAAGUAAUUGAAAUACAAAUGGAAAAUGACGCGGUCGUUUAAUUUAGAAUACGCGUGCCGAAGACGCGAUAUUCGAUAAGAGGCUGAAUGGAGAAAAACUGAUAAAAUUACCUCAACGUGGAGUCGCUGACUAGCGAUCAGCUGAUCGUGCUCGAGCAAGACAAUCUGUUCGGGUGGGUUGAAACGCCUUUGUGUAUGUAGAUACCCACGUACCCUUCGGCUGCGUUCAGAAGUGCGUUGAUGCGUGAUACACGCCUCGUACGGCCUAUGUUUGUGUAAGUUCGCGGGGUUAUACACUCGCGACGUACGCCUGUCACAGAUCACAAAUAUAAGAUCGGCCACGACGGAACUUAUAAUAGCCACAACCUAUAAUAAUCACGCAGAGUUUGAUUGCGCCACGAAUUUCUCUGUUCCCCGUAGGUCCGCCCGGUUCUCGAAGUGCGACAGAUAGUCUCAGGAAUCUCGAGGGAAUCGCGAAAAGAUACUUUGACCGAAAAGAAGAGGCUACGGGCGUUAGUUGCAGGAUACAUGGAAGAAAGGGACGAAGGGUGAAAACGACGGUUCUAUCCGUUUUCGCGUACAUAUCAGUAUAUGUAAAAAAGAAAUGGCUCGCCCUUCCGACUGUAAUCCGCUCUCGUAUCUCGUCGAAAGGCAAAUCGACGAUAAGGUCGACUACUGUAAACGCCUGGUCAAUGCUAGAUUCGAAAGUUCCGAGAAUCUAUUUAGGAAAGACCUGCUGUCGCAUUACGGAUGCGUUAACGCGAUUGAAUUCUCGAAUCAAGGGGACCUCCUCGUUUCUGGUGGCGAUGACAGGAGAGUUUUAUUAUGGAAAGUAGAGCAAGCAAUACAAGAUGUGGGCAAACCCGCAGUGAUGAAAGCUCAACAUAUUAGUAAUAUUUUUUGCCUUGGUUAUGAUAGCAGUAAAACGAAAAUAUUUUCUGCCGGAAAUGACGAUCAAGUUAUUGUUCAUGACUUACGAACGGGAGAUGUUGUGAAUUUCUUCCUCCAUGAGAAGCCUGUUUACGGACUGUCUGUACAUCCACAUAAUGACAAUGUAUUUGCAAGCGCGUGCGACGAUGGAAGAGUUUUAAUUUACGACAUACGAGGAUCCAGUGCUAUGGAAACAUUUUGUUUAGCACGGUACAAAACAGCUUUCCACUCCGUAAUGUUCAAUCCUAUUGAACCUAGGAUGUUAGCAACCGCCAAUGCUAAAGAAGGUGUUAGUAUGUGGGACGUAAGAAAACCUCUGAAGCCAGUGUUGCGUUAUGGAAACGAAAAUUCAGCUCAGAGUUGCAUGAACGUUAGAUUUAAUGCAGCAGGUAAUAGAUUGUUAGCUUUGAGAAGAAGAUUACCCCCGGUACUUUAUGCUGUAGACUCUUCUACUCAUUUAUGUCAAUUUGAUCAUCCUGGGUAUUAUAACAGUUGCACAAUGAAAUCAUGCUGUUUUGCUGGAGAUAACGAUGAGUAUGUACUGUCUGGUUCCGAUGAUUUCAAUCUAUAUAUGUGGAAAAUUCCUUCUGAGGAUGUAAAAUGGGUAAAUUCUGCACAUAUGGUAUUACGUGGUCAUAGAUCUAUUGUUAAUCAAGUGCGAUACAAUCAAGCUAGUUGUAUUUUUGCUUCAUCUGGAGUUGAAAAACUCAUUAAGAUUUGGAGUCCAUUUCCUCUUGGAAGUAAUUGUUUAGGUGGAUUAAAGAGAGAUGAUGGAAGACAAGAGAGGCAACGCAGAGUCUUCACACAUGACGAAUAUAUUGGACUGGUAUUACGCAGUGGUCAGUUUAUGACUCAUGAUUAUAGCCAUCAAUCAACCAGAGAAGAUCCUAGAAUGAUGGCAUUUUUUGACUCAUUGGUACAACGUGAAGUUGAAGGCUGGAGUUCUGAAGAUAUGUCAACAGCACCUCAAACUCCUAGUGAUUCAGAAAGCAAUCUUAUAGCUGGACGAAUUCUACAGCUUCUGAUCGUCAAUUGAUGUUAAGUAUUUUGGGGCCGGCAGUAACAUUAGCAUCUCACGGAUCCUCUGGAGGUGGUGUAGCUCCUGAAAGACCUUUAGAGUCUCCCAAUCGUAUAACGCGACUUAUAGCAUAUCGCAGAGAAAAACUGAUGAAACUUGCAGCCGUAGAUUGUGGUGCUCAAGCAAAUAAUGCUUCAGCUGCAGCAUCAGAACCAUCUGCAUCAGGUUCUGCUAGUGAUGGUGAUAAUACACAAAUUAAGUGUAAAUCUAAAUCAAAAUUAAAAUUUAUAAAGAGGAAACAUAGUAAAAUUACUGAAAUAAGAAGGGCCGGAAUAAAGUGUGCAGUGUUACAAAUUAAUAGUGACUCUGAUAGUGAUGAACAACCUGUUGACACGACUCAGCCUAGUACCAGUUCUGGUGUAGUUUCUAGAAGAUCACGAUAUGUUGUGCAUAUUGAGAGGGAUGCAAAACAUUCAAAUUAUAGCAGUAGCAGUUCGGAAGAUAAUGACGUUUCUGGCAAACGGAAGCAUUCAAAAACUGAUUCUGAUACGUCCACAAAGGUACACAGAAGAAAACAUAAAAAAUGUAAAAGUAAUUCAAAAAAUGACGUUACUAAAAAUAAAAGCAAACGGCAGAAAAUUGAUUACGAUACAAAGAAGAAGAAAUCGGACAGAGAUUGGAAGCUUUAUUUGAAUGAUGUUAGUAAUGCAAUAAAACUUCAAAAAGAUGGUCCAUCAAUGCCAGUGAACAAAUCAAACAAAGUUCCUUCAACUCCUGACAGUGGUAUCACAUCAGGAGUAUCAACAAGUGAAAAAACUGGUGAACAAGCACAGAAAGAUCAGAAUGAUGCGGAGAGCUCCGAUCACGAGCAAAAACUAAAAAAUCUAGAAUAUUUUAGAAAGAAGGUGAAUGUAGUAAGAAGGAGCUAUCCAUAUAAUUUAAACAUUGAUAAUGCUAAAGUAUUUAACAUUCCUAAAGUUUUUAAUCAUCAACGGGGAAGUUAUUUUGGAUUUUCUGUUGCACUUUAUACAGAUGGACAAGAUUCUGUGCUACUUAUAGGUGCUCCAAGAGCAAAUACAAGCAUAAUAGAAAAUGUAAUUGAACCAGGUACUGUAUUUCAAUGUCCAAUUAACGAGACAUGUAAGGAAUGGAUUAUUGACAGAAGAAAAAAUGAUAAAUAUAAACAAUAUUCAAUGAUUAAUCAAAUUAAGGAUAAUGCAUGGAUUGGUGCAACAAUUGCUGUAGAAAAUAAAACUAAUUCUAAAAUUAUGGUUUGUGCUCCACGAUUGAAGAAUAAUGUUACAAAUAAAAAUGUAUCUAAUUGGUUUAUGAAUGGCAUUUGUUAUUUGUCAUUAAUUAAUAGUACUAAAUCUUUUGAGAAAGAAACUGAAACAGACAUUUUAUCAUUUGCAAAAGUCCAAGAAGCUAUCUAUGUAUAUGGAAGAACGAAUAUUUAUAAUUUUGGAAUGAGUCAAAUUGGCUUUUCUAUGCAUAUGACGUCUAAUGACUUAAAAUGGGAUUUAAUAUUAGGUAGCCCUGGUAUAUUUAAUUGGAAAGGCACACCUUUAUUACUUACAAAAUCAAUUCAUGGUAAAACGCAAACUGUAAUUCCAUCAAUUAAAAACGAAAGAAGUAUUCAUACAAACAGCUAUUUUGGAUAUGCAGUAACCUCUGGUUAUUUUAUAAAAGGCAAAUUAUGGUUUGCUUCUGGUGCUCCUAGAGCUUCAAACAUACAUGGUGCUGUUAUUAUAUUUACCUUUUCUCACAAUGAUAAUGCAAAAUUAGAAGUAAAAAAGUUAUUGAUUGGUGAGCAACAUGGUGAAUACUUUGGUGCUGCUUUAUCAUCAUGUAAUCUUAAUGGUGAUGAUAAAGAUGAAUUAAUUAUUGGAGCACCACAUUGGUCAAAAAAUAUAGAUGAAGGUCGCAUAUACAUUUUUACUGCUUUAAAUGAUGUACGCAUAUUUUGCAAUAUAACUGAAGAAAUUUUUGAAAAACAAUCAUUUGAAGGAAAAAUAUCUGGAAGUAGAUUUGGUUCUAUCAUAACUUGUCUUGGUGAUGUUGAUUAUGAUGGUUACGGUGAUAUUGCUGUUGGUGCACCAUAUGAAGAAGAAAGUGGUGCAAUAUAUAUUUUCAAUGGCAAUAGCAAUGGGUUACCUAAACAGUAUAGUCAAAGAAUAAUUGGCAAGCAAUUUGGAAGAAAUAUCCGUGGAUUCGGAAUUUCAAUUUCCGAACCUUGUGACAUAAAUGGUGAUAAAUAUCCUGAUAUUGCAGUUGGAGCAUAUUUAUCUGAACAAGCAAUUUUAAUAAAAUCAAAACCUGUUAUAAUAAUAACUACAAAAUUAGCUUACGAUGAAAAUAAGAAAUUAUUAAAAAAUUCUACUUCUUUUCUAGUCAACUUAUGCGCAUAUUAUGAUGGAAUAAAUGCUCCUAAAUAUCUUCGUAAAAGAGCUCAUUAUAAUACAGAAAAAAAUAAUAACAUUUAUAAAUUGUCUGACACUCUAUAUAAAUCUAAAGACUUAUGUAGUCAAUUUGAAAUACAUUUAAAGAAAAAUAUCCAAAAUAUAAUAAAUCCAAUUGAGAUAUCUGCCUCAAUUAAUUUGGAAAAAGACUGGAACUCAAAUGACAGUGAGAUAAAAUCAAAUGCUUUUUGCACAUCGUGUGUAGCCAUAAAUAAAUUACUUUCUAAAACAGAAGAUUUAAUCAAAUUACCAUUUGCUGUAGAUUGUGGUGAUGACAAUAUUUGUACAUCAGAUGUAAAGAUAUUACUUUCAACAGACUUAAAUUCUGGUAACAGAUAUAUCAUUGGAUCAACACUCACUACUGAACUUAAAAUAGAUGUUCUUAAUUAUGGUGAACCUGCAUAUCAAGCUAAAAUAUACAUAUAUAUACCAAAAACAUUGUCAUUAGGAAGUAUAUCACCUUCAUGCAUGGAAAGUUUUUAUACGGAUAACACUUUGGAAGUAAUAUGUGAUGUUGGAAACCCACUCCGAAAAAAUAAAAGCGCAAGACAAUUUAUAUUCAUAUUUUCUUGAAGAUAAAAAUAAAAAAUUAAACAGUAUUCAAUUUCAACAUAUUUAUGAAAUUCAAAAAUUUGGAGUUAGUCCAAUUGAUGAAGUUAUAUUAACAAUUAGUAUUCCAACAUACUGGAAACAUAAUGCUGAAGAUAUACAAAUUAUUAAUAUAAAUGAAACAAUUAGCAAUCUCGAUGGCCAAUCAUUUUACUGUACAUAUGAAAAUUCCACAUCAAUUACUUUAAUUAAUAAAUCUGAAAUUUAUUAUACAAAUACUGAAGUGUACACACAGGAAGAAUUUAGAAUGAAUACUAAUUUUUCUAUCAAUUUUCCACCAGACAAUAGGACAAUUUAUAUUAAUUGCACAAAUACUAAUAUCAUGGAAAAAAAAGACAUUAUAUUUUUCUUAUCUAGUGGAAAAGUCAAUAUUUUAGAAUCACAUCAUGUUAUCCAAAAAAUUAAACAUAAACCCAAUGGUACUAUCAUUGCUACAAUGUUCCUAGGUUCACCAGUGACUCAACACAUUGCUACAUGGAUUAUAGUUUUAUCAAUUGUCUUAGGAAUUUUAUUAUUAAUAUUGUUAAUAUUGGCAUUAAUUAAAAUUGGAUUUUUUAAUCAAAAUAAGAAAAAAGAACUUGAAGCAUUAAAAUCUGAAACAAAUGUAAGUUUACUUAGACAUUUUUCCUCAUAUUAUAAAUGUAUAGUUAACAUAUUCAUUAUAUUACAGACACAUCGUGGGAUAAUAUUGGAAACAUGUUCAUCAACAGAUAUUAUUCAUUAA